AUGGCCUUAACAGAAUCGUUUUAUCCGAACAUCUCUUCCCCAUUGCUAGCAGAAUCUGACACAACUAUCCUAGACGUUCUCACCAGCUCUCGAUGGCAAGGCGUGCAAAAAUUCUCCAGAAGGGAUGCUGCUUUAGACCCAUUAUUGCUCGCAGUAGCUGCGUCUGCAGGCACCCACACAACCCGAAAUCAUUAUCACCAUGAUUUCUUUCCCGGUGCCCAAGCCGAUGCUGCCGCUCGGCCCAAGCGCGGUACAGAGAACACAAACAAGCCUCAGGAGCGCAAGCGUAUGUCAUAUGUCAGCAAGCAAGGCCCUCGAAGACUACGCUUGCAGCCCACCAUUUCUUCCCAACCAGCCUCCCAAGCUAUCUCGUUGGUUGGACUAUCACCCACAUCCUCUAUAGAAGUUAAAUGCAUGGCUCGUACACGUAUACCCACCCCACAUGGUCCAGUUUUCUUACAUCUCUACCACAAUAAUCGAGACAGCAAGGAGCAUCUUGCCAUUGUCGUAGACCCGGCACAAUACUCGGACGAUAGUUCUGUUCUGGCACCACCAAUCCGCAGCCGUUCUUUAGAUGCUGUAUGGAGUGAUGACGAAACAGACAUGGACCGCAUCAUACGCGGGGCAUACGUAGGAAAACUAUCUGCUACAUCCCAACACCCAUCUCGUCCUUCACCGCAUCAACCAUCUCCCACAUCCUCCAUUCCAUCUCCACUUGUUCGUAUUCACUCCGAGUGUUUCACUGGUGAAACAGUGGGCAGCAUUCGCUGCGACUGUGGUGAACAGCUGGACGAAGCUAUCCGCCUCAUUUCUCAACCAAUAUCUCUUCCCGACAACGCAUCACCUAAUUCAAGGACGAUGCCAGGCCGGGGUGCUGUAGUUUAUUUGAAGCAGGAAGGUCGUGGAAUCGGUCUUCUCUCCAAAAUACGCGCCUAUAAUUUGCAGGAUUUGGGCCACGACACGGUCACAGCCAAUUUGAUGCUCGGGCAUCAGGCCGAUGAACGUGGGUACGAAAUUGCAGUCGCCAUUUUGCGUGACCUUGGGCUUGGUUCAGAGCUUGGCGAGGGCGUUCGGCUAUUGACAAAUAACCCUGACAAAGUUCAAGCUCUUGAGAAAGAGGGCCUGAGGGUCGUAGAGCGGGUGCAGAUGGUGCCUAGAAGCUGGAGACAACGCUCUCACUCACAUGCGGACACGGGAGAGGCUGGCCUGGGUAAAGCCGCAGGUGUGACUAUGAUCGGCGGAGAGGCGGUCAGAGGGGAGGACUUGGACAAGUACCUCCGCACCAAAAUUCUCCGCAUGGGGCAUAUGUUGCCGCUUUAUUUGGCAGACGGGCAAGCCGCGUCAUGA